UAUGUAAUUAAAAAAUCCUAUAAAAAUGUGAUUUACAGACUUGCUGAUAAUAUACUGUUAACAUGAAGAUUCUAGUAAAGCUUUUAUUCUUGUUUUAUUUGGUUGUCAUCACAACCACGGAGUCAGAUGUGUGCUUCAAAUACGAGCCACUGUGGGCGAACACAACUGGCUCUACAGCCCUCACUGUCGUGAAAGUCUCACCUUGGGAAGUUUGCAAAUUGGCCGAGCAGUGCAAACCAAUUGAACAAGACGCGAAACCAGAACUUAAAACGUUUAGCCUAUCGGAGGUGUGUCCAUUAAGUUUGCCUACUCCAGCUUUGGCACCAACCGUCCGCAAAUAUAACAAAGUCCGCCAACUCAGCGUCCCUAUCCCUAUGGCAUUGGAAACUACAUCAGCGAAUGAUUCUUUACGAAACCAACAUAAUUAUACUGACAGAUUGGAAAUCUGUUCGAUUCUUCGCUCCACGCAAGAAAGCGAAGACACGGUUUACACUGCUAUGUGUUUUCUUAACGAUGGUUGGUCCCAAAUGUGCCUAGCAGAUUCGAACACUACGUUUCACCAAGCGCAUUCAAAUGUGAACGCUGAAGACUACGAUUUUGAGGAUGAGUACUGUUACAUCAUGAAGCGUUCACCUUCCGAAUCUGAUAAUGGAAUCUGCAAUAUCACCAUUUUGCCAAGUUUCAACCAGCAUGGUGUAGAAAGAUCGGAAAACAAAACCGUCAAUAACUACAAGUCAGACCUUGUGAUAUUUCAUUUUUAUCAACGACAUGAAAUGUGCGAUGCUGUUCAUGUUAAAACACUAGUGGCAAAGCAAGCCGGACAGUGUACACUAGAAGACGAAAACAUUGAAGCUAAUCCUAUGUGUCCGCGGAAUUCUACGUCACAACAUACGUCAUUUUCAUUGGCAUCUCUCUUUACAAGUAAAUUCGACAUGGAGCAGUGUAAGAAGAUUUGAGAUUGACUGCGUUAUUUUGAUCGCUAGGUGUUGUUUUACCGUGACCAGUUGUGACUAUUUUGUACGAAAUAAAGAUUUAUUCUCCUA